UACUAUCUCGCCGACCAGACCACUCCCAAAUAUCACUCCUGAAAUGGAUCCACCCACUUCAACAAAGCUUCUUCUAGACCAACUUCCAAAGGGAACCUUUUUUGAGAACCUUGAGCUCUAUCAAAGCGAUGGCUUCUGGUACAGACCCCGUCACCUUGAAGCUGCAGUGGCCUCUCACUCGCAGUUUGAAGCUCGUGAAGAUGAUGUUAUCUUGGCGUCCGCCAUGAAAACAGGUAGCACAUGGCUCAAAGCCCUCUGCUUUUGCAUUAUGAAGAGGAAAAGUGAUCAUGUUGAUCAUCUCAACAAGGAUGAGGACCUUUUGGCCUUGAACCACCCUGCAUUCUAUGUGCAGACAUUGGAAGUCCAGGUUUACACUACAAAGCCUCCUCCUGACCUCUCAGAUAUGCAGUCUCCGAGACUCUUCCACACCCACUUGCCUUACAGUGCCCUACCUGAGUCCAUCAAGAACUCUGAGUGCAAGAUUGUUUACAUAGCAAGGAACCCAAAAGACACUUUAGUUUCAAUGUGGCACUUCUUCAACAAGCUUAGGACACCCGAACAAGGUCCAUAUCCCUUAGAAAACACUGUCGAGAGCUUCUGCAAUGGCGUCUGCCACUUUGGGCCAUUUUUCGACCAUGUUUUGCAGUACUGGAAUGAGAGCUUAAAGAUACCUCAAAAGAUACUUUUUGUCAAGUACGAGGAGCUGCAGAGGAACCCAAAAGAGGAAGUGAAAAGGCUUGCUGCAUUCCUUGGAAAGCCAUUUGCGGAGGAGAAAGAGGCUGAGGAGCUGAUAUGGAAGUGUAGCUUGGAGAGGCUGAAAAACUUGGAAGUAAACAAAAAUGGUGUGGAUCCGUGGGUUGGGAUGCCAAACAGUGCUUUUUUCAGGACUGGUGUUGUCGGCGACUGGAAAAACAUCUUGACACCGGAAAUGGGGAAACGCAUUGAUCAAAUCACAAGCAUGAAACUGGAGGGGUCUGGCUUAGCUCUUGUGGAUGAUGAUGCUUUAGAGAAUGGUGUUUCUCUGACUAAGUAAACUUUGGCUGCUAACCAGUGGACUUUCUUUAAUCUAUGAUAUGCCAACAUUUAUCUCUUAA